GUGCUGCCCGCCGAAUAAUAAGUUGGGACAGCCCUCAUACAUUAAGCGCCCAUUCUGAGCCCCUCAACUCUCCCUUGACUCUUGAAUUUCUGCUAUUUACCACGAAUAUCUCCCUAUACUGUUUUGUAUUCCCGAUCAUUCCGCUCUUACAUAUCUACCUAUUACUCUAAAUUCCAAUCUGCUGUGGUACUUUGCCCUGCAACGACAAUCAUGUCGUUGAAACAGGAAAUCGAGACCUGGGUGGCAGCCCUGGGCCGUUACGAUAAUAAUGAAUUCGAAGAGGCUCUCAACGAGUUUGGAAAAAUUGGCGACACUAGCAAGAUCCUCUUCAACAUGGGCGUGAUCCAUGCCACACUCGGCGAGCACGAGAAAGCUGUUGAGAGCUACCAACGAGCCAUUCGACUUGACCAAUACCUCGCCGUUGCCUACUUUCAGCAAGGCGUCUCGAAUUUCCUCCUCGGCGACUUCGAAGAAGCCCUCGCCAACUUCAACGACACACUCCUUUACCUCCGUGGCAAUGCCAUGAUCGACUACGCUCAGCUCGGUCUUCUAUUCAAACUCUACUCCUGCGAGGUGCUUUUCAACCGAGGUCUUUGUUACAUCUACUUGCAGCAGAUGGAGGCUGGUAUGCAGGAUUUCUCGUAUGCUGUGAAGGAGAAGGUGGUGGAAGAUCACAAUGUUAUUGAUGAUGCUAUAAGAGAACAGGCGGAGGGUUAUACUGUCUUCUCAAUUCCUGUCGGAGUUGUCUACAGACCCAACGAAGCCAAAGUUCGAAACCUCAAAACAAAAGAUUAUCUUGGCAAAGCCAGACUUGUGGCAGCUUCAGAUCGUGCAAAUGCCUUCACUGGAUUUGCAGGUUCCGAAAUCAAGAACGCUGGUAAGCUAGAGGUCAAGGAUGACCGGCCUGCCGACAAUAUUUCCUUCGCCGCUACAAAUCUCGUCAAACCUGGUCUUUCGUCUCGGAGACAACAAUCAGAACCUCCGAACAACCGAAAUGUAUUUCCGCCAACACCUCCACCCGAGAACGAGCGCCCAUCUCGUGCUGCUUCUGUUCGCGGUGGGAAGCCUCAGUUGGCUAAACUCAACAUACAGCAGGCCGAGCCAAACCGCCGGUACGAGAAGGCAACUUCACCACCAGAUAGCCGUUCUCGGCCCAUGCCCGCAAGAUCAGCAUCUGCUGCUAGUUCUAGAAUGAUGCAGAGGGAGCCUCAACCUCUCCAGUUAAGACCCCGGCAGAUCCCAGAAGAGACAGGGUCACCAGAGGAUGUCUAUGCUAUGUACCAGGGAGGCGAUCCUUACCGAAACUCAAGAGGGUCUACCGGCAGUCGGCGCCAGAGACAGCCACAGUAUUCUGAAGAGGAAGACGGAUCAGAUUAUGAUGGCACCAUCAACGAGAACGACUUCGAGAUGAUCGGUCAACGCCGAGGUCCAGGCUCUGUUUCAGGUCAACGUGGUAACCGACGACCAGAGAUCACAAAGAUCCGUGUCAAGGUCCACGCUGAUGAAGUCAAACUCAUCAUGAUCGCUCCUGAUAUCAAAUACGAAACGCUAGCCGACAAGGUUCGCGAUAAGUUUAAUAUUAGGCGACGAUUUAAGAUUAAGGUUAAGGACGAAGACAUGCCCAAUGGGGACAUGAUUACAGUGGGCGACCAGGAUGACCUGGAGAUGGUGAUUGAUAGUGUCAAGGAGGAAGCAAAGAAACAACGAGCAGAGACUGGCAAGAUGGAGAUUUGGAUCUUUCAACUUUAGACAUAUACCCUGACAGCGCGCAUUUGCAUUUUGGAUAUUUACGAAUUUCUAUCACGAAGCAGUGGCUUGUGAGUUGACCAAGAAAUCCCCAGAAAAGACCCUUUUCUGUUCUUGGAUUUUUAUCAUUAUCUUAAUCUUGUACUUUUCAAAGCAUGUCAAAAUAGUCAGCAUAUCAAGGGUCUUUAAGUUAGAUGGCAGGCAGCCGGAGUCCGGGGUAUUUGAUUUCUACCCAUCUAAUCACUCAUACGGAGGGAAGCAGAGAAAAGAACAGGGCGAGACGCAAGGGUUCGCAUUCAACCUCAAUCAUGACGUUAUGACAACACCA